AUGAGCAGGAGGGACGAGGCGAGCGAUUCGUCCGGAGCGGAGGAGCACGCGGACGAGCAGGACGAGCAGGACGAGCAGGACGAGCAGGACGAGCAGGACGAGCAGGACGAGCAGGACGAGCAGGACGAGCAGGACGAGCAGGACGAGCAGGACGAGCAGGACGAGCAGGACGAGCAGGACGAGCAGGACGAGCAGGACGAGCAGGACGAGCAGGACGAGCAGGACGAGCAGGACGAGCAGGACGAGCAGGACGAGCAGGACGAGCAGGACGAGCAGGACGAGCAGGACGAGCAGGACGAGGAAACGGGCGAAGAGGCGCUAUUCGGUCGGGACAGGAAGGGCGAGGAAGAGAAGAGACAGAUCGCAUUCGCGUUGAGGAGGGCGAGGCUGGGGAAGAGUUUUGGGAACGGGCUAGUCGAGGGCGAGGCCGGCGAGGCCGGCGAAGAGCCCCGGCAGCACGGCGGGGGCGCGGAGGAGCCGAGGGAACGGGCUGGCUGA